CACCUGUCAUGAGCAUCAAACAGGGCAACUAGUAGAAUCGCGUACUCUGUGACCGAAGCUUCCCCAGAAGGCUGCAUCGUCUCAGGAUCGCCAUUUUAUAUGUUUGGCUCUGAGACUGGGACGGUGGGUGCGUGUGGUGCAAACUACAGAGCGUAUUCCGUGUAUUAUCUGCAAGAUGUUACCCAAAUACUUUGCGCCCGACAUGUACAAGUAACGACAGGUGUCGGAGUGUGUGAUCGGGCAGCGAAGGCUCGGGCCGAAAUGGUCCCGGAAUAGUGAGCUGUGCGUGAGUGUGUUUUCAUCGAGUAAGUGCGUCGCACACUGGCUUUUCACUGCUGUCACCAUUUGUUAAAUACCUGUGCCAUUCGGGAAGUCGGCUUUGGGUCAAAUUACGGACGGCCUCUGGAUUCCUUGCGACACCCUCGCCAUCAUCUACGAUGAGUUCGCGCAACAUACCCUCAGACAAGAUAAAUCUACGCCUCAUUCUUGUCAGUGGUAAGACAAAAGAGUUCCUAUUCAGUCCGAGCGACUCUGCGGGGGACAUAGCGCACCAUGUGUUUGAAAACUGGCCGGAAGACUGGGCGGAAGAGGCAGUCGCUAAAGCGGAGAUCCUGCGGUUAAUCUACCAGGGCCGUUUUCUGCACAGCAAUGUCACGCUCGGUGCUCUUGGGCUUCCUUUCGGGAAAACCACGGUGAUGCAUCUGGUCCCACGAGAGAACCUUCCCGAGCCUAAUUCUCAAGAUCAGAGGCAAAAAAGUAAAGGCGGCGGGAGUAGUUGCUGCUCAGCUUCCUGUUGCAUACUUUAAAGAAAACGUUGGCUGCCCUGGAUAUAUUUUGAGGUCGUUCCGUGUGAGAGCCAGCUCCCAUGUUCUUCAAGCUGAGCCAUGGUUUCUAAGGUUUCGACGCUGGUGUAUCAUUGUUAGUGGCUGAGCCUCGUGAGCAUUGUAGCAAAGCAAAGUUGUCGCAUCCUUCGCCGAUUCAUCUAAAUUAAAAUAAAAAAAAAGGAUUUAUUUUGGUUCAUCUGCAACGCACGCUAAAAACAUCGUUCACCGUCCCAAGUGAACAAAUUCUGUCAUCAUCAGUCUCUUGAAGAGAAAAAAAUAUAAUGGAAAAUUUCAAAGCCAGAUUUAUAUGUCUAUAACAUCGUAUAAAUUCUAAAAAGAAAUUGUAAUGUAAGCCAAACAACAUAAUUUUUACAUGUUGUUUUAUAUUUUGUUUUGGUAAUUGUGUACACAAAAAUCUAUUUAUAACUUACAUCGCGUCAGAGAUUGUCAAGUUUUUAGGCAUAUCGAUGACCUGGUUCGACAUUGGAACACAUAAUAUCGAAAACGCCGUUCAGCUUUCACAGUCCAGAAAUCAAGAGGAAAUUACGUGUUUCAAGGAACAUCAACGAUCAUCCUGUUUGAUUCGUUCGCUUUUGCAAUUUAUUAUUAAUUAUAUCAUAUAUAAGAGAACAUGAUUCUAGUAAGAUGAAUUCCUCAUCAGAAAAUAGGAUGUUAAAGCCUUUCAAUGAAAUAGGGGUUGAAAAUACGCUGUGUUGAAUGACGCUAUACGAUGCUUAGAAUCUCAACCACUAUUCGACUAUACUGCAGCGUUAAAUAGUAAUUAUUAUUGUAGACAGGAUCCAUGAAUGUGUUGCGUAUGAAUGAAUGUGUUGCAUUUGAAAGAUCAAUAGAGAGAAAGAAUGUGUGUGUGUAUGUAUGAAAGAAAGAGGGGGAGAGAGAGAGAGAGAGAGAUAAAUUUAUGUUGUGAUAUGCAGGUAGUGAAUAUAAUUAUAUAUUAUACAUACUAUUAUUAAAAUUAUAUAUAUAUUAUAUAUAUAUAAAAUUAUAUAUAUAUAUAUAUAAUAGUAUGAGACAUGUUGACACACAGUUAAACUCUCAUACACAGGAUAGACUUUAUUAACAUGAAUUUAAAGUAAUAUUAUGACGCCACUUCGAGAGUUUAGUAUUCUGGAAUAAGAUUACAGAGGAAAAAGAACAUUGGAUCUCUAAUGGUAGUUAUGAUUAAAUAAACAUUCAAAUAUAUCUCCUGUUAGCUCCUUUUCCUUAUCCACCAUUAUUUCCCUCUUCUUUUAUGUAUUCUUAUCUUUUUUUAUUUUUAAAAUUCGCGCGUUUUAAUUCUCUUUUCUUUUCUUUUCUUUUCUUUCCCUCUCUUUCACUUUAUUUUGUUUCUACCCGUCCAUUUUUUAUUGUUCGGGCCUAGAAAUGUUCAUAGACCCAAAAGAUUAAUUCAUGUUAUAGGCGAGAUAUCCAAUAUUGCAAAUAUUGAUUAUAGUUAGGUCCAACCAAACCAUUUUACGAUAAGUUGUAACCUAUUCUAUACUCAACUAUACUACUGUAUAAUGUAUGACUCUUACCAAUGCAUAACACGUGUAUAUAAUAUAUAUAUAUAUAUAUAUAUAAUGUUCUUAUUUAGUGAAAUUCAUCGUCAAACAAACGAUGGUCAGAUGUUUAUUUAAUUUAUUAUCGUAUGGAAUGUCGACAAAUAAUGUGUUUUUUUUUUUUGCACAUUCGAGAUAGUCUGUAUCUGCUUGACUCAUAUCAAAUCUGUGUUCUAUAUAAAUUAAAUUUGAUGCUUGUGUUUUUCGAUAAUCGAUUACAGACAUUUUCUCUAUAAAAAAAAUUUUAAAGAAAAAAAAUUAUAAAUCAUUGUUAAUUCUAAAUGUUCUUUAAGAUUUGUUUAUCGAAUUUCGAAAAUUAAGAAAAAAAUUUUUAUCGUGUUGUUGGAUGAUAUUAAAAAAUGGUGUUAUUAGAUUAGAUGUAUUUUUUUUGCUCAUAAAUAUUUAUGGAAUGUGUAAUAUUUUUAAUAUGAUAUGAAACGUGUAUUUCACGAAAUUACACUACUUAUAGAAUUGGUAUGCUGAGUGAAUGCAGAUACGAUUAUUAAGUUUAUAGGGAUGAUUAAUAGAAGUAUUUAGUAUCUAAAUAGGUUUUUAAUAUCUUCGUAUAUUUUUGCUAUCGAUUUAUCAAUCAAGGUGUCGCUGUUUUCGUUUUUGUUUAUAUUUUCUUUUUUUUCUCUUUUAUUUACGUACUAUUAAGAGAUAGAUUAGCGGUAUGAAUGCUGUUUAUAAAAAUAACAAAUUGUUUAGUGAGUAAGUCAAAAAAUUGCGAUAAACACAUCACACACACACGCGCGCGCGCGCGCGCACACACACACACACACACACACAAAAUAGGUACAUGAGAAUGUGAAUUUCAGAAAAAAACACGAUGUUUGCUAUGCAUACUUUUUGAGGUUAGUUAAUGAUCGAUAUUAUCGAAUCCGAGUAAUAAUCGUACGCUAUAGAAUUCUUACAGGCGAAUCGAUUUCCAUUUAUUAUUCGAUCAUAAGGUAAAAAUUAUGUGUAUAAAAAAACAGAAAAAAAGAAAGAAUAUACUCUGUAAUAAGCUUGCUGCACAGUUCCUUUGACGUUACAAUAUUACUUUAAAAUCUUGCGAAAGAAAAAAUAAAACGUGUUUAUUCAAAACACGAAAUGAUAGUGAAAGAAAAAAAUAAAAUUCUGUUGAAAUUAA